UAGAAACCUUCACAUUGAAGGGUAUUUCGUUUCUGAUUUCAGGAAUACCCACAUCUUAAAUUAUUGCUUGCUGUCGGUGGCUGGAAUCAUGAGAAUGGAAUGGGAAAAUUCUCGGCCAUGGUGAAGACGGCCCAGAAUCGUAAGAUUUUUAUCGAUUCAUCAAUCGCAUUCCUUCGCAAAAACGGCUUCGAUGGUUACGACUUGGAUUGGGAAUAUCCAGCCGGUCGGGGAAAUUCACCCCCGGGAGAUAAACAACGAUACACCGCUCUCUGCGAUGAGCUCUUGGCCGCAUUCGAGGAAGAAGCCGCGGAGUCUGGUAAGGAGCGCUUAUUGUUGUCGGCCGCAGUUCCAGCUGGCUACAAGACCAUUGAUGCAGGCUAUGAAGUCGAUAAGAUUGCGAAGAGCCUGGAUUGGAUUAAUCUGAUGACAUAUGAUCUCCAUGGUAAAUGGGACAGAAAAACUGGACACCACACGGCCAUGCUUGGUAGCGAUAAGCUCACUGUGAGGUAUGGAUUGUACACACCACUUAUGUUUUAGUCUUUUCUUUAACGCGCUGCUCGUCACUGCUAAAUCAGAGGGUCCUGAAGGGGUAAAAUGGGAACUGGGAUUUGCUCAUUUUUGGGUGGAAAAAUGGGAUUUCAUGCACUGGGACUGGGAUUCAUCAGAAAAAACCCCAAUAGAAAAUGGGAAUGCGAUUAAGAUUUGAGCAGGACAGCCACUGAGAUGAUGGAAUUUGUGCUCUGGGACAAUGGGAUUUAGUCAAAAUUUGGGCUGGGAAAUGGGAAUACGACCCCCCUUCAGGACCCUCAAAACAAGCAUGCUACUGCAAAUGUGUGCUUAAACGGGUGAGCUAGUUUCUCCUGUACUUUGAGGGGUUUUUUGAGUAAUCGCGCGUUCUCCGCUUGUAUUCUAAAAGCUCACUCACACUCAAUGAGUGGAGGUUCAAUCUGAACUUCUCUUGAUUGCCAAUGCUGUUUUUGAAUAGCUGAAGGGUUAGUGUCGUAACUUAUUCUGUGACUAUUCAACCGAGAAUAUCAGUUAUCCAACUCACUUCAAUUUGACUGACAAUACGUACAUGUUACAGGUAUGCUGUGGAACACUGGAUGAAACUCGGUAUGCCAGCUCAAAAGAUUGCCCUUGGCAUGGCAACGUACGGACGUGCAUUCAAGCUCACCAACCCCAACAAUAACGGUCUGAAUGCCCCAAGCAAUGGGAACCCAGCACGGGGUAAAUUCACCCGUGAAGCAGGAUUCUUAGCGUACUACGAGAUCUGUAAAAUGCCGCUGACAGUGGUGAAGCAGAACGCCGCCGGAGCACCGUACGGAUAUUCUGGCAACAUGUGGGUUGGUUAUGAUACACAAGAGAGUUUGAUGAACGAUAAGGUUGGAUUAAUCAAAGAGAAAGGUACGCAUGCAAGACCAAUUUCACAAUACAGAUGGGUCUAAAUAUACUCUUUUAUGAGGGUCCUGAAGGGGGGGGGUCUCAAUCCCAUUUCCCACCUGAAAUUUUGACAAAAUCCCAGUCCCAGUUGGAUUUUUAUUAGAAAUCCCAGUCCGAGUUAUUGAAAUCCCAGUCAAUAAAAAACCCUUUAUUCAUCGGUACAAUAAACAGUCAUUUAAGUGUGUGCAAGUGGCGAACACUUUAUGAAAUAUUGGGGGAGGUUCGUGCCGAAGGCAUGGAAAAUUUUUAAAUUUGAAUCCAGGAAAUGGCAUUUGCAGCAUUCUGAGACAUGCAUAAUCAGAAAACCCAGAAUUUCGGGCGCCAGAGUAUGCCUGUUCUCAGGUAGUGCUGUGAAUAAAAUAGUUAACAACAAAAAUCAUGACCAAAGACACCAAAAACAGAUCAAAAUUGUUUUUUAAAAUACUUAAAACGUAGAAAAAUUGGGAAUCGACUCGCAUUACCUCAAUUCCAUUCCCAUUUUUGAGGACUUCAUUUCCAAUUCCCAGUGGCCAAAUCCCAGUCCCAGCAACCCAAAUCCCAUUUUCCCAGUCUAAAAAUAGAUCAAUCCCAGUUCCCAUUUUACCCCUUCACGGCCCUCUUUUAUGUGCAUGAGCCUUCUUGGCCUCGGCAACUAUCGAGGAAAGUAACUGAGAAACGUAAAUAAAAGCGCGCAUUGCAUUGUGGUUUUGGUCUAGACAAAAAUUUCAUCACAGCUUGAAAGAGCAUCACAAAAUUAGUAAUAUUCCAAAGUUUCGUUGCGAAAUGUUGUAAAAUGCGGAUAAUAUAGCCUUGCGAAAUUUGCAAUUUUCAGUCAUUUUGUAUUACGCAUGGGAAAUUAAUGCCCUAACACCCGAUUGGACUGUCAAUUUCCCAUGCGUAUUAAUACAAAAUGACUGAAAAACGGCAAAAUGGCUAGAUUAUCCUCAUUUUACAACAUUUCGCAACGAAACUUUGGAAUAUUGACUAAUUUUGUGAUGCUCUUUCAAGCUGUGAUGAAAUUUUUGUCUAGACCAAAAUUUAGUCUAUAAUGCAAAUGGUCCAUUGACAUUUCUAGUAUACAGGUUUGAAUAAUGUAAAUCAUUAUUAAAAAUUUGCAUUGCAUGACCUGUUGCUAUCAUGGCUAGCUUCGCCACUGAUGUUUUUUUACACUGAUAGUCUGGCAUGUCAAGCUUUAAUCAAAGCUCCUUGUUAAAAAGGGAAAAUUAAAAAAUUCAAUUUUUCCGUGCGCAUGAACAGGUCAAACUUGUCGAGGAAAACUUUCUCGUCUGCACGUCGCAUUAGUUAAGCCUGGCCAUUCAGACGCAAUAAGCGUUUACAUGGGAUUAAUACGAAAGAAAAGGUCCUGCACAUUAUUAUCAUAUUUAUUCGUCUUGCCUAUUUUCUAUAGGUCUUCUGGGAGCUAUGUUCUGGGCGCUUGAUUUGGACGACUUUGCGGGCAGUCAAUGCGGCGAGGGAAAAUACCCACUCCUCACAGCGGUCACACGUGCCCUAGCAGGAGGUGUACUCCCACCUACGCCACCAAGACCCAGCACCAUGCGGCCCAAACCCAGCACGAUGCCACCGCAGCCCAGCACCAUGCCACCCCAGCCAAGCACCAGACCGCCCAACCCUGGAUCAUGUCAUAGCAUCCCUCCAUACGAAAGUGAUGCGUAUGAUGCGUGGUGCAUAGCCAAUUGCGCCGCAGGAUACUGCCCAUCAACUCACUGCAAGUGUGAUUGAGCCCUGUGGACUGAACAUCUCAUUUUAAAUGUAUGCUAAUAAUAUGGUAAUAAAUAAAUGCAUUUGAAACCAUCAGAUUCUUUUAGUAAAAUCUUUGCUAAUAAAUACCAGUUUUGGGCGAUGGAUCUAAUAAAUAUCUUCCCAUGUUUUGUGACUG